ACUAAAAAUUCCCCUCAUUUUCUUCCUAUUCAAACAAUGAUAAAUUCAAAAUCAACCAUUUUCUUUACUCUCUUCCUAAGCCUCUUUCUCCUAAUUUCCCCACCAGCAUUUGGUGAUUCUCAUAAUGCAUUUCUCUCAUAUACAUGUUAUAGCUUUGACAAUUACACAGCCAACACCCCUUAUGCUUCCAACAUGAAACAAGCCAUCUAUCAGUUGACCUCCAUUGCCCCUCCCACCGGCUUUGGCCUCAGCUCCGUCGGCGACGAUUUACAAAACCAAGUCAACGCGUUGGCUCUAUGUCGCGGUGACGUCUCACCCACCGAUUGCAAGACCUGCAUCACCACCGCAAGCAACGAGAUUCAACGACAAUGCCUUAAUAGGAAAGGAGCAGCCAUAUGGUAUGAUUUUUGCUUGCUAAAAUACUCCAAUACCAAAUUCUUUGGGAAGAUUGAUAAUGGGUUUAGGCUAUACAUGUGGAAUGUUCAAGAAGCAGAAAAUCCAGCAAUGUUUAAUGAACAAGUCAAGAACUUGCUUACUAGUUUGGUUGAAAAAGUUGAAGCUACAUCUAAGUUGUAUGUGAUUGGAGAAGAGGAAAUUGAAGGGUCAAAAAAAUUGUAUGGAUUGGUCCAAUGCACAAGAGAUUUGUCUACUUCUGCUUGCAAGAAAUGCCUUGAUGAUGCUGUUGCUCAACUUCCCAAUUGUUGUGAUGCAAAAAUUGGUGGAAGAGUGAUUGGUGGGAGCUGUAAUUUUAGAUAUGAAAUUUACCCUAUUGUUGAUGCCCAAAAAUAGAGAAUAGUUCUUUUUUCCUAAUAUCUAUGCUAUUUUUUAUCUGGUUACUUUUUUAUAAUAAAAAGGGAA